AUGCUGCCUCUCGGUGAUAACACCUUUCUCCCCAUCGCUAUCGCAACUCUCGAAAACUUUCAAGCCCGCUCGAGCAAGUCCUGGGAGCCUAUACUCAGUCUUCUGCGUGAGAUGCGCGACGCGGACUUGCCGCCCGUUCCCAACAUCGAUCUUCUUCCCCCCAUCGACCAUUAUUUGCCCGUCCACGAGCAUCAUCCUCUUGUCCGGGAUGUCCUCUGGACUCUAUCUUGGGAAGUGAAGGAAGGAAAUGAGCAUAUACCCGUCACUCUCAGCACAAUGUCCCUCGUUUAUGAGCUGUAUUCCGGUCGGACCAUGGCAGCAUUUCGCGUCAACUACAUCCUUCCUCAACCGAUCGAACGCCCCGAGGAUUUUGCCAUAUACAUGCAGCCCAUGAACCGUGUCGCUAACGUUCUAUUCGGAUGGCGCGGCGCGGAUGUUUUCUAUUCGCUAUACCCCUACAUUCCCCGGUUCGUGACGCGUCAGCUCAUGUCAGUCACGCUUCAUCGACUGUAUGCUACCUAUGUCCACAUACGUCGCGCACCGCUCUCUGACGACUAG